AUGCAUAUCAAGACUUUAGUCAUUGCCCUCAUGGGCGUGUGUACCGCUGUGCAAGCCGCCGAGAUUGGACGCAGAUCUCCCUUUUCUCAGGCCCUGGAGCGACGUCAGCGGGGCGGAAAUGGAAAUGGCGGCCAGGGCAAUCGUGGUGGCCAGAACAAUGGCGCCGGCGGCAAUCGAGGUGGCAACAACAACAACGGCGGCAACAACGGCGGAGGCGGUAAUGCUCGAACACUAAGCGCAAAUGUCGUUCAGGAAGGCUCUCAGUUCGAUGGCAACAAUCCCGGAGCUGCUGGUCAGGCUACCUCACUAACUUCCAACAACAACUUCAUCAACUUCUGCCAGGGCCAGACCUUGACCAACGGCAAGCAGAUCAGCGCUGGUUCUUGCAAUGGAAUUCCCAUGGGUCAGAUUCCAGCUACACGAAAUAUGGUUUCUAGCGUUUUUGUCAACCCCAAGAACGGUGACAACAUCCCGGCCAAUAGGGACUUUAAGAUUCAGGUUCAGAUGCUGAACUUCAAUCCUGGUACCUUUACCAAUGCCACAUCUACAUACUACUCUGCUCCCCAGCAGCUUGAUUCACAGGGCAACAUCAUUGGUCACACUCACGUCACUGUCCAAGACACCGGCCGAGGCCAGAACCCCACGAGACCUCUCGAUCCCACCAAGUUUGCCUUCUUCAAGGGUAUCAAUGAUGCUGGUAAUGGACAGGGACUCCUGUCUGCCGAUGUGACUGGUGGGCUUCCUGCCGGAAACUACCGCGUGUGCAGCAUGUCAGCUUCCUCUAAUCAUCAACCUGUGCUGAUGCCUGUUGCCCAGCGUGGUGCUCAGGACGACUGUGUUCGUUUCACUGUUUCCGGCGGCGGCAACGGGGGCAAUCGUGGACAGGGCGGACAGGGCGGACAGGGCGGACAAGGCGGUACGAACAAUGCCCAGCGUCCUGGUGGACAGGGCAAUAACCGUGGACAGGGCGGACAAGGAGGACAGGGCGGCAAUAACCGUGGACAGGCUGGACAAGGAGGACAGGCCGGUAAUAACCGUGGACAGGCCGGACAAAGAGGACAGGGCGGCAAUAACCGUGGGCAGGGCGGACUAGGCGGAACAAACAAUGCCCAGCGUCCUGGCGGCCAGAGAGGACAGAGCAAUGGUGUACAGCAAGGCCAAUUUUUCUAG